AUGAGUUCCGCCCCUGAGUCGAAUCUCAGUCGCGCGGCGCGCUACGCCGUGCCAUUCGCUCUACUUCUCAUCCCCGUUUGGAGGACGAAAGUCAAUGCCGAAGUCCCCGAGCCAUACCUCGAUGAAGUGUUCCACAUCCCCCAGGCCCAAGCCUACUGGGCGCACAAGUGGACGCAAUGGGAUCCAAAAUUGACCACUCCCCCGGGAUUAUACUUGUGGUCGUAUGCUCUCUGUGCUAUCCUGCUUGCACUCCGCGGCUCGCCGACGAAACUCGAUACCGAAGCUUUGCGUACGACUAAUGUCGCGACAACGGGUAUUUUCUUCCCUUGGAGGCUUCAGACUCUUUCGGAUGCGGUUCAUAAAGUCCGGAAUACUCGUCCAUUGGGUGCGUGGCUUAGCCACACCGUCUUGAAUAUCUGCCUGUUCCCUCCGUUGUUCUUCUUCUCCGGGUUAUACUAUACCGACAUCCUGGCGCUGUUGGCGGUUGUUGAGGCAUAUAAUUGGGAUCUGAAGCGGGCUUCUGGAGAUGGCUACAUCUUUUUCUCUACGUUGGGAUUUCUGGUGUUUGGCUUGGCGGCAUUGGUAUGCCGGCAGACGAACAUCUUCUGGGUCUCUGUUUUCUUGGGAGGGCUGCAGAUUGUUCGAAAGAUACAGAAAUCUGCAAAGGUCUGCGAAUCAUCUGAUUUCACUGCAAUUGUGAAGGGUGGUCUACAAAAUGAGAUUUAUGACCCGCUCGUCUCUGAGGCUUCAUUGCAAGAUUAUCUCAAGACGAGUAUUUCUCUCGCAACUGCGAGCUUGAUGAAUCCCUUCUCAAUUGUGGCCUCCGUAAUCCCUCACAUCAUUAUUCUCGGUGCAUUCGGUGCGUUUGUGCUGUGGAAUGAUGGCGUAGUCCUUGGCCACAAAGAAUUCCAUACUGCUGGCAUUCAUCUAGCACAAAUGCUCUAUAUCUGGCCUUACUUCUUCUUCUUCUCUUGGCCGAUCCUAAUCAUUCCCGUGCUGAACGUUCUUCUCCCCAAGAAGCUUCUGCCUAAGUAUCUGAACUAUGGCUUCCCUGAAAAACAGCGAAGAAUGCCCAGUAUCCUUGCAGCUUUGAUCGUUGUACCACUCAUGCUUGCUAUUGUCCACUUCAACACCAUUGUGCAUCCUUUCUCUUUGGCUGACAACCGACACUAUGUCUUUUAUGUCUUCCGCCUCCUUCUUGGUAUCCAUCCUGCCAUCAAGUAUGCCGCAGUCACGGCAUACUUCCUGUGUGGCUGGGCAGCGAUCUCUGCAUUUGGAUUCUCUGUCAUUCCGGCUCCGCCUUGUCUCCUUCAAAUUUCCCCUACCGCCAAACAAGCCACUCCCGCCCCCAAAGCCCCUGCAAAGGAACAACCCAAAGACGCCAAAAAGUCAGCUAGAGCGCGCAAGACUCCAGCCAAAAAGGAAAUCAAGCAGCAAAACCAGCCUGAUCCCAUUACCCCGGAAGUACUUCUCCGAAUUCAACAGUCUCUCAUCCAACGGCGAAAGGAGCAACCCGAGGUGCCACGGGUCAGUUUCGUCCUUGUAUGGCUCGCUGCUACGACCUUGUCUCUCGUGACAGCGCCUCUCGUUGAGCCACGGUACUUUAUUAUCCCGUGGGUGAUGUGGCGCCUCCACCUACCGCCAUCGUCAACUCUGGCGGCGUUCAGACAACGGAAACCGCAGAGCGAAGAAGAGAGAGCCCGUGCCGAUUUCAUUACAAACUUCCCUAAGUUCUUGGAGACAAUCUGGUUCGUUAUUGUCAAUGCAGUGACUGGGUAUGUCUUCUUGUAUAAGGGCUUUGAGUGGCCCCAGGAACCUGGCAAGGUUCAGCGCUUCAUGUGGUGA